AUGAAGCCCAUCCGCUGGUUGGGAUUGAUGAUGGCACCAAUGCUAGGUCUAGUGAUGAGCACCGGUGGAAGGAACGGGUCGUCGUACCGUAUUGUGAAUGGAAGCACCACGAUCAUAAGCGAUUACCCGUUUAUGGUGUCGGUACAGCGGUGGAACAAGGACACACAGACCCACAUCUGCGGCGGUACGUUCAUCAGCAACCAGUGGAUACUGACCGCGGGGCAUUGCGUUGAUGAUGCGGAGUUUAUCAAGGGUGGAAUUGUACGGGUGGAAUCAUCAUUUCACGCCUCAGGUGGUAUACUUCUUGCGAUCGAGCGUACGGUGCUGCAUGAGGCGAUAUACUAUGGAGGACCUGGAAUUGAUUACGAUUAUGGUUUAAUUAAGCUGGCCACUAAGUACGAGCGAGCAGUUCCGGUGCGGCUGAUAGCAUUGAGGAGACGCUUUCUUCCGGGAGAGCACUGUACGAUUGUUGGUUGGGGUUUGACCAAGAAUACGGGCGAUCGUGAGCAGCUACGAAUGGUGAAGCUACCAAUCAUAUCGCGAGCUGACUGUCGUCAGGUCUACUCUGAACUGGAAACAAUCACUAGGCGUAUGCUGUGUGCUGGAUAUCAUGGAGGUGGUCAGGAUGCGUGCGAGGGAGAUUCUGGAGGUCCCCUACUGUGCCGUGGGAUACAGGUUGGUAUUACUUCUUGGGGAGUAGGAUGUGCUAAACCACGGCGCUAUGGGGUGUACAGUAAUAUCGCAAAUCAGCGUGAAUGGAUACGGAAACACACCGUAAGUAGUGUCGGUGGUAAGCGUCAGAUAAGUUUCCGGAUUGUCAACGGGACGGAAGCAACGAUCCUUGCCUAUCCGUUUAUUGUUUCCGUGCAAAAGUGGACACCAAUGGUAAAGCAGCACAUAUGUGGCGGAACUCUUAUUAGCGAGAGUUGGAUACUAACAGCAGCCCAUUGCGUUGAGUACUUCAGCAAGAUCUCAGCCAACACAGUAAUGGUUCGAGCUAACUCGUCUUUCUUCAACCGCGGUGGAAAGCUCCAUCGAGUGGAGCGUGUUAUAAAGCAUGAACUUUUCAGCUAUGAAACGGGAGAUUACGACUUUGGUUUGAUGAAGUUAAAGCAACGCUUUAGACGUGGAACGUACGUAAAGCUUCCAUCGGGUAGGAGACGUUUUCUACCAGCAGAACGGUGUACGGCCAUGGGCUGGGGCUAUACGAUGGGACCUUCACAGAGAGACCAGCUACAGCAGGUGGUGUUGCCGAUCGUGUCCCAAAAGGUGUGUCAGAAAUCGUACGAAGGUACGGACACGAUUACGGCUCGUAUGCUAUGUGCUGGGUAUGUGGAAGGGAUGCGAGACGCGUGCGAUGGAGAUUCUGGUGGGCCACUGAUUUGUCGAGGUAUGCAGGCUGGUAUCAUAUCGUGGGCGAUUGGUUGCGCCAAACCGAAUAAGUACGGAGUCUAUAGCAGCAUUGCCGAGGGUCGUGAAUGGAUCCGAAACCAUACAGGUGUAUAA